AUGUUCUUCCUCCGUGAACUCAACAAGGAUUUGGUGAACAACCCCGAUAUUGUACUGCCUGAGAAGGCGGUGACUAAUGCCCUGAGCAUGAUCAUGCCCAUCACAGAAAACAUAUCUCCUGACAAGGCAAAGGAAGACCAAGUCAAGACUGCCAACAUGGUCCUGAGAAUCUCAGAAGGGCUGGUGUCUGCCCUGGUUGAGCCCAAGUCUCAGGAAAAUAAUACAGAGUCUCGGAAAACUGUGAAGACACCAACCAUGGCUCUGAUGUCAGUCAAUGGGAUGGAGAAGCUCCUGAGUCCCAGUUUCUUUGAGAGUGAAAAUGUCACAGAGAUAUAUUCUGACAUCAUCACUGCCACACUGCCUAAGACGAAACACAGGGAGCUCCCUGAGCCUGUUAACUUCACUGUGUUCCACAAGAAGAAGUUCCAGGCUGGCCUGGUUACCUGUGUGUACUGGAAGGAACAGGGGGAGGAGACUCACUGGUCAGUGAAUGGGUGCACAGCCUCCUUCUCCAAUGAGAGCCUGACAGUAUGCAGCUGUACUCACCUCUCCACCUUCGCCCUCCUCCUGCAGACGGAGGAACAGGAAGAGGACAGUUCUCUGCUGGAGGUGGUGAACCUGUUCUGUAUGAGUGUGGGUCUGGCCUUCCUCGCCCUUGCCAUCCUCACAUUCCUGCUGUGCACAUGGAACCCUAAAAUCAACAACACCGCCCGCCUCCACCUCAGUAUCUGCCUCUUCUUGGGUCACCUGCUCUUCCUUGUGGGCGUUCUCCUCUGGCUCCCCCAGGUGGCGUGUGCAGUCAUUGCAGGCAUGCUGCACUUCCUCUUCCUGUCCAGCUUUGUGUGGAUGCUGCUGGAGACUCUGCAGCUCUUCAUGCUGGUCAGGAGCCUGUCCAAAGUGCAGGUAAUCCAGAAGGAGGGGCUGAGGGCACUGUACCUCCUGCUGGUUGGCUACGGAGCUCCCCUGGUGGUGGUGGGAGUGUCUGCAGCGGUGUAUUCAGACGGCUAUGGCAGCAAAGGCGCUUGCUGGUUACAAAAUGAAAAAAACUUCAGUUGGAGUUUUAUUGGUCCAGUGGCUGCUAUUCUCGCCCUCAACUUGGUCUCGUUUUGUGUGGUCAUCUGGAGCCUGCUGCCUACUCUAGCCAACAUGAAGAGUGACAUUUCCCAGUCAAGAGACACCAGGUUGAUUAUCUUCAAAAUUGUUGCCCAGUUUCUCAUUUUGGGGUGCACCUGGAUCCUGGGAUUUUUCCAGAGAACCUCUGUGUUAAAAUACCUCUUCGUCAUUCUCAACUCACAGCAGGGCACCUUCAUCUUCAUCGUUCACUGUCUGCUCAACAAAGAGACAGUGACUAGUUUCCUGAGCAUUGCCAUGUCUGUUGUACACAUGCCCCCUGCGGAGGGAAAGAAUGCAGAUGUAAGCAGCAUCCUCCUGAAAAUCACAGAGGGGCUGGUGGAGCCCACUAAGACCCAGACUAACAAAUCUAUGAAGACACCAACCAUGGGUAACACAAUGGACAGGAGUCAGUGGCUAGUUACAGCGGCCUGUAGCAUCGUGGUUAAGACGCAUGACUGGAACCCGCAAGGUGGCGUGUGCAGUCAUCCUGUCUUCCUGUCCAGCUUUGUGUGGAUGCUGCUGGAAACUCUGCAGCUCUUCCUGCUGGUCAGGAGCCUGUCCAAAGUGCAGGCCAUCCAGAAGGAGGGGCUGAGGGCACUGUACCUCCUGCUGAUUGGCUACGGAGCUCCCCUGGUGGUGGUGGGAGUGUCUGCAGCAGUGUAUUCAGAGGGCUAUGGCAGCAAAGACAUGUGA